GUGAGUGUUCUUUCGUCGUGUGCCGGUUUCCUCAGAUUUUCGGCUCCCAUAUUUAUCUUUACCUCGAAUAUAAGUUAGAACACUAAUACAAGAUGCAUACUGAACCGAUGUUACAACUUAUACAAAUAUUGGAAAAGACAAUAUCUCCCGAUCGAAAUGAGUUGGAAGCUGCUGAAAAAUACCUUGACCAUGCAGCGGCCACAAACUUCACAGCAUUUAUCAAGAUGCUGUCGGAUGUGUUGGCCCAGGGUGGCAACAGUCAAGUGGCGCGCAUGGCCGCCGGCCUGCAGCUCAAGAACCACCUCACGUCCAAAGAUGCCUCACUCAAGCAACAGUACCAGCAGAGGUGGUUGGCCCUACCAGAGGAAACUAGGCAAUAUAUUAAGAAAAAUAUCCUACUAGCAACCGGCACUGAAGACACUCGGCCCAGUUCCGCAGCACAGUGUCUUGCGUAUGUAGCGGUGGCUGAGCUCCCGGUGGGCCAAUGGAAUGACCUCAUCCCCAACUUGGUGGAGAAUGUUGUUAAUGCUCAAUCUACUGAACUAAAGAAGGAAGCCACUCUAGAAGCCAUUGGUUACAUUUGCCAAGACAUUGAUGCCGAAGUGCUGACAGAGCAGAGCAACCACAUCCUAACAGCUAUCAUCCAUGGCAUGAGGUCCACGGAGCCCAGCAACCAUGUGCGACUGGCCGCCACACAGGCUCUGCUCAACUCACUCGAGUUCACUAAGGCUAACUUUGAUAAGGAAAAUGAGAGGAACUUCAUUAUGGAGGUUGUAUGUGAGGCUACACAGUCAACUGACAUGAGGAUAAGUGUGGCAGCACUGCAGUGCUUAGUCAAAAUCCUAUCUUUAUAUUACCAAUACAUGGAGCCCUACAUGGGCCAAGCACUGUUCCCCAUCACCCUGGAGGCGAUGAAGUCAGAUGUCGACGAUAUAUCACUGCAGGGCAUUGAGUUCUGGUCCAACGUCAGUGACGAGGAAAUCGACCUUGCCAUUGAGGAGGCUGAAGCUGCAGACGCUGGUCGUCCUCCAGUACGAACCUCAAGGUUUUACGCUAGAGGUGCCCUCCAAUACUUGGCACCGGUGCUUAUGCAAAAGCUCACCAAACAAGAUGACACAGAUGACGAAUUAGAUUGGAACCCCUCAAAGGCCGCGUCGGUCUGCUUAAUGCUGCUAUCCAACUGCUGCGAAGACGAGAUCGUUCCACACGUCCUUCCUUUCAUCAAUCUAAAUAUCAAACAUGAAAAUUGGCGGUUCAGGGAGGCCGCCCUUAUGGCCUUCGGUUCAAUAUUAGGUGGCCUCGAAUCGAAUACUCUUAAACCCCUCGUUGAGAAGGCCAUGCCGACCCUCAUCGAGGCCAUGUACGACUCCAGCGUCGCCGUGCGGGACACGGCCGCGUGGACCUUUGGAAGGAUUUGCGAAAUCGUUCCAGAGGCAGCUAUCAAUGAAACUUAUCUCAAACCCCUUUUGGAGAGUCUCGUGAAUGGACUAAAGGCUGAACCUCGCGUUGCUGCUAACGUUUGCUGGGCAUUCACUGGAUUGGCCGAGGCAGCGUACGAAGCCGCAGACUGUGGCGACUCCAACCAGCCUAAAACAUACUGUAUGUCUAAAUACUUUGACUUCAUCAUUGAACGUCUUUUGGAGACCACUGACCGACAGGACGCCGCUCAGCACAACUUGAGAUCUGCCGCCUACGAGGCGCUCAUGGAGAUGGUCAAGAACUCUCCCUCGGAUUGCUACAUCACCGUACAAAAGACGACGAUGGUUAUUCUGGAGCGACUGCAACAAGUCUUACAGAUGGAGAAUCAUAUUUCCAGCCAGGCUGAUCGCUCGCAAUUCAACGACCUGCAGAGCCUUCUGUGCGCGACACUUCAAUCAGUUUUACGUAAAGUGACCCCUGAAGAUGCGCCGCAGAUUUCAGACGCCAUCAUGACGGCGCUUCUCACUAUGUUCGCGAGCAACGCCGGCAAAGCUGGAGGCGUGCAAGAGGACGCUCUGAUGGCCGUCUCUACCCUGGUCGAGGUGCUAGGAGAAGGUUUCCUGAAGUACAUGGACGCCUUCAAACAAUAUCUUUAUGUUGGGCUUAAGAAUCAUCAGGAAUAUCAAGUAUGCAUAGCUGCUGUUGGAUUGACUGGAGAUAUUUGCAGAGUAUUGAAAAAUAAGACACUCCCAUACUGUGAUGAGAUCAUCCUGCUGCUACUGGAGAACCUGGGUGACCCGACCAUCCACCGCUCGGUGAAGCCACAGAUCCUCUCUGUGUUUGGAGACAUAGCUCUGAGCAUUGGACCUGACUUCGCCAAAUACUUCGACGUCGUCAUGCAAAUGUUGCUGCAGGCCAGCAACGCCCAAGUGGACCGCAAUGACUUUGCCAUGGUGGAGUACCUGGGUGAACUGCGUGAAAGUGUGCUGGAAGCUUACACCGGCAUCAUUCAGGGCCUGAAGGGAGCUGACGGAGAGGUGCGCGCGGACGUGGCGCUGGUGGAGCCGCACGUGAACGCGAUCGUGAGCUUCAUGAUGGCGGUGGCGGUGGAGCCGGAGCGCACGGACGCGCACAUGUCGGCCGUGGCGGGGCUGGCCGGCGACCUGUGCGCGGCGUUCGGCGCGCGCGUGCUGCCGCUGCUGGAGCAGCGCCCGCUGCUCGACCUGCUGGCCGCCGCGCGCCGCUCGCGCACGCCGCGCACCAAGACGCUCGCCAACUGGGCCACCAAGGAGAUCCGCAAGCUCAAGCAGCAGGCGCCGCCCGCCAGCUGUUUGUCGACGUCGUAUGGCUACGGUGAAGUCUCCGCGAGUCCAGUGCGCGUAUAGUCGAUUUGAAAAAGCUCGAUCUAAUAGCGACGUAAUGCAGAUUCAAACCACCUGCUGCUGGUAAACAACUCAAAUGUAUGUCAGGUUAUGUAUAGCGUCUUUGGUGUCAUUAUUCAUAAGUCUUUAGGUGCAUUCGAUUCCGGGAUUUUUUCUUCCGAUAUAAUUUCACUAGACUGCAUACUGUUUUGGGGAAUUAAGUCUUAUAAGGUGAUUAUGUGCGCUCAAUACCUAAUAGUAAACCAGUGCACUCUAAUGGAGUUAAAAAGGUCAAUUUCUUAGUUUGGUAGUCUCCUUCUAGGGUCCUAAAACCUAAAAUGCUUUCAAAUAUGGUUGACCUUAUGAUUUAAUAUUAUUUCAAGUAAUCAACAUAAGGGCAUAAAAUUAAAUUUGGUUCAAAUGUGGAUUUUGUUUUUUUACCCUUUGCUUUUCAGGACUGGAACCUAAAAAGGGAAAGUACUACUUGCGUCUUCACAUAAAUUAUAUCAUAAAUAAAUAAAUGUGGGCGGCCGAAACAAGCGACUGAUUUUACCAUUAGACGGCUUUUUUUAACUCCAUUGCUUAAUUUUAUAUUUUAGUAUUAAUACAAGUUAUUUCUGCGUCGAUUGUUUUUAAAACUUAGAUUAUAUCAGUAACUAUUUUUAAAAAGAAACAAGAGAAAUGUAGUUAAAAUUAUUUAUAAGCAAUCAUUUGUUUAUAAAUGGUUACCGGUAGGGACUUUUAUUUUUAACCGUGAUAGUGCUUAAUGCGUAGUAGUUUUUUUUAAUUAAUACUGCUUUCUCUGUUUCUUAUUUUGAUUAAUUGGUCGACUAUGUUAAUAGCUGACGAGUAAACAUAGGGAAAGGGCAACGGUAAGCUGAGCCAGUUUACGUAAAAUUCUGAUUUUAAUGGUUAAGGGUACUCCCUAUGUUUAUUUUUUCCUCUAGUGUAAUUUCUAUCAUCUCGUAACAGUUAUACUUAAGUAGGCUCUAGCGAGUUUUAUACCCCUACAAGGUAUGCAGAUGAAAUUAUAUCCGGAUUUGAUUGAAGAUAGUAAAUGAUAUCAAGUCGGUAAAUGAUCGACGAUGCCUGCGAACAAUGCACCUGGCGCGGUUUACUAUUCGGAGUAACUUAAGUACACCUGACUAUAUUAAUCUUUCCAUGUUAAUCUUUAAAGCAUUUUUCCUAUUUGGUAUUUUAAAUACAGACAGUGGCUGUGGUAUGUUUACUUAUGUGAGAAAAAAGUGAUAGUGAAUUUAAUUUGAAAGCGCGACUGUAUGAAAGAAGACGAAUGUUAUUUUAGGCAUGCACAUGUGCAAGGGAUUAUGAAUUUUAUAAAUUUAUUACUAAUUGUGUUUUGUAACGUGCGAAAAGAAGUAUGAAUGGUCGAGUAUGAACAGAGGAGACGAAUGAAUGAUUAUCACAGAUCUUUUGUAAACUAAGGCAUGUGUCGAUCUUAACGGUGAGAUGGAUUAUUGUAUAAGGUUCCAUCAACUUUGAGACAGAAGGCCGCCAUAUUGGUGAUAGCUACUUGUUCAUCACACUACGCUGCUACCUAACAGUACGAUAAUUUGCUUAUAUGAAACUUUAUUUAAAAAAAAAGCAACUUAAUUGUAAUGAAAGACACAAGUUAUGGUUCUCUUUGACGGCUAAACAAGUAUUUGUGAUGAGUAAGUAGACGUUGCCUUCGGAUCUCGAGCUUACAUUAUUUGUACAUAUGUAAUUAAUAUCGUUUCCUUACGACAUUGAGUGGCAAUCUAUUGUUGGCCAUGCGACUGAACACUACUGAACCGAAACUUUAAGAAUAGGAAUAUCAAAUACAAUGAGUUAAAUUAAACCCAUGGAUUUUUAAGUCUGUGAAAUCAGCUGAAUUUGGUACUAAGCAAAAUUAUUUUGUUAUAUCAGCGACAUAAUUAAGUCACAUAUUUUAAUUAAAUAUAGGAUAUUAAACUAGUUUCAUCGGUGCGUGUCUCCUUUCGGACAAUUUGAAUAACGGUGGUUUGGAAUCGCUAUUUCCAUAAUAAUAUUUCAUCAGACCAUCAUCUUUGUUUUAGAAAAACAUAGAAAAGUAAUUAAUCUUGUUCCUAAUGUAUGUUGCUGAUUAAAUUUAUGUUCCAUAUUAUGUUAUCCCUGAUUGGUUUUCAAUCCAAACUUGGCAACUAAAAACCGAAUAAAUUGAAAAUCAGCACAGUAACCUAUCAGAUGUCGUAGAAUUUUGGUGCUACUUUGUGAAGAGAGGAAAUGAUGAAUGGGCCAAAACUUUUUGAAUUAUACGUUCAAAUACGUGUUUCUUUUAAUUAAUUUUACAUAAAUUUGUAAAUCAGUUGUCGCAAUCCCAGUCAUCUAUAAUUAUUUACUUCGAAAGUGUAUUGUCAUGUGUGCGUCGUCUUAUUUUACAGGUUAGUUACUUCUAGGGAACUUAUCUGGCUCGUCGCCUAGGUGAUUGUCCAUAAACUAGGUAGUUUACAAACUUUUCGUGUUACCUAUUUCUUGAAAUAGUCGAUUCUUGGUUACCUAGUUUUAUGAGUAAUGUAGACUAAUUAAGCGAUGCUCAUUAUUACUUUUACGUAGUACAUCGGUGCAGGUCGCUGAAUAGCGCGGGUAUGAUAUUAAGGAUACCUACUAUUUAUUUUAGAGUCGUAAUCCUCAAAUGACUGUCAAAACACACAUCGCAGUUUGAUAUUGUUGCCAUAACGUCGAUUGACUUAAGUGCCUUUUUAAUCGUACGAACUCGUGACGCUUCCUGAAACAAAAUAUACACUCUUAUCGGUUGAUGUUAGAUAUAAUAACAUCGCAAAUGUGUACAGCUUAUCACUUCGUAUUUAUGAUUAACGAACUGUACUGCUGUACUUAAAAAACUUGUACAGCUUGAAAAAACUUUGCGCGAUACACAAAUGCGUUACUUUACAAUAGGUAGCGGAAAUUGCCAAGUUUAUGUGAGAUGAGCGGGAGCUCUGAGGGCAUACCGCGAACACCGAAUUCGCGAAGUUGUGUGUUCGCGGGAGGCCCUCCGGCCGCUCGCCGCACGCACGCAGUAUGGGCCGCCAGGUCGCCAAGGAAUGCCGAUUGAGUUGGAGUGUCUGCUAGUCUGUGAGCAUCACUGACAGGGAUGAUGUUUGCGCGAAUUAUGCAAGAUUUUUUUAGUGUGUCUAUUGAUCUUCAGAUUUUAUUUGUAAUGAUCAAAUGAUGCGCCGUAUUUAAUGUUUUAAUUGAGUAUGAUAGGAGAAUGUGUGAGGACUAGUGCCAUGCCAUGAAAGGUUCUGAAUUAGAAUCGAAGGCAUCGAGUCGAUGAAUACCACCCACUUUUCCUGCGCGUAAAUCGAUUAAAAUUAUUUUGUUACAUCAUUUUAUUUAAUUACUUUCUUUUGACUCUGAAUACUAUUCUGUAAACUGUUCUAUAGUAAAUAAAACAUUUAGAUGUUAACAA